UUAAUUCAUAAUAAUAGACAAUAAUAGUAGUAGUAGUAGAUAAACACGAUUGUCCUUGAAUGUUAUUGGUCGAGAUUUGUGUUCCUUAUAGAAUGGUGCCUAGUUGUUUGAAUCAAAUAUAUACCAAUAUAUAUUCGUUUGAGCUACACGCGAUACUUGUAGUUUUUAUACUCCGACAAGUCAGUUUAAAUUGUUUAAUUCCGCCGUUAUAUCCAAUUUUUUUUUUUUUUGAAUAGAACUAUAUAUAACAUUAUGGCUCCAAGAAAUAGUAGUUGGCCCAAAUGGAAUAAUUUAUCAAGUACGGACCGCGAUAUAAGAUCGGCGGACAGUUGGAUAGAGGCUCGCCAAAAGGAAGAUGGCGCUGACGGGUUGUGGAGAGUUUAUGAUGGACUGUAUGAUCUUAAACAAUGGAUACAUAAGCACCCUGGAGGACCGCAAUGGCUAGAAAUUACAAAAGGUACGGAUAUUACAGAAUUAUUUGAAACGUAUCAUUUUAAUCAGAAAGCCGCGAAGGAAGUGAUGGGUAAAUUUUACGUGUGCCGGGCGAAGACACCGAGGAAUUCGCCCUUCACGUUCAACCCCGACGGAUUUUACAGUGUGUUGAAGUCUAGAGUUAAAAAGAAGUUAUCCGAAAUUAACCGUCGUGAAGUUUCCAUCAAAUCUAUACUGGUCAUCGAUACUUGGUUCUUCACGACACUUAUCCUCUGCGCGGCAGUCGCACAAACACAAAGCACAGUUUUGGCCUUAUUUGCGGGCAUCAGUUUGGGGCUUGGAACCGUUGCAAGUCAUAAUUUCACUCACCUGAAGGACAAUUGGAGGAUGUAUUACAUGCAACUGAGCUUGUUCUCUGUGCGAGAAUGGAGAAUAUCACAUGUGGUCAGUCACCACGUUUACACCAACACAGUACAAGACUUAGAGAUGACAUUGUUGCAUCCGUUUAUUCAUUGGUUUCCGACCGAUGACAAACCGCCUUUAGUUCGUUAUACACCUUAUCUUACUCUCAUCGCCUACCCUCUCAUCGCACCGGGACAGUUCGUCAUCAGAACGUUCAAACGCAUGAAUGAUAAAGCUGACCUUUUAAUGUUCGUCAUUCCGGUCAUAUUGAUGAUUUGUGGCCGCAUGCCCAUUAGUUUAGUCCUUAACAUGUGGCUCAUUAUAGUACUGUCGAGUAGCUCUGUGUUUUUAUUCCUCGGAUUCAGUGUUUCUCAUCAUUUACCCAAUAACUUCCAUGACGGAGACCACAUCAAUGGUAAAGACAUCGAUUGGGGAAUUCAUCAAAUGGACACCAGCGAGGAACGGAACGAAAUAACUGAUAACAUAUUUGUAUCUUUGGUAACGUUUAGUGACCAUACGUUGCAUCAUUUAUUUCCGUCUUUAGACCACAGUUUAAUACCGCUCUUGCAAGACACCUACCUAGACACAUGUGAAGAAUUUGGCUUGGAUAGAACAUCAAAACCGUUCUCGUCCGUUGUACGCGGACAGUUUAAACAAUUAGUUCGCCUGACUCCAAACGAUCCGAAGAGAAAACAUUGUUUGAAAAGCUGACCUAAACAUACGAAAUAUUGUCUUGUUUUGUAUUUUUCGAGCUUAAAUUGUUGUAAAUGCUAUUUUGAUUUUUCAACAAUUAUUUAUUUAUCUAUACAUAGGUAAUAUGUGGUACUAGCAAUAAACAGGUGCAAAUUGUAAUCGUUUUUACCGGUCGACAGUCGUUUACGGGGGAAAUCAUAUCACAUCCUGCACGGCUUCUAAGUUCUAGUUAUGAUUAAAAUGUAUUAGUGGUAAAUGGUAAUACGCAUAUUUCGUACCUUGGUAUACGGCUACAUACAUUAUUAUAUUACCCAUAUAUUAUGAACGAAGGUUAAGCUAGAUGAUUUUAAAUUAUUUUUAUGUCAAAAUAAACCUAAUUUAUUAACCUUAUAGAGUACCUUUAUACUAGAAUAAUCCGAAUAAGGACAUCAUAAUAUGUUGUACAUUGUAUAGAACCUAAUCUAAAUAUUGUAUUCCAUAAUAUUUAUAUAAUAAACAAUACAUUUUACAAUA